CCAAUCGCAGCCAGCAGCUUUAUGUUUUAUGUGAGCAAGCACACUCUUGACAUCUUAUUUCUGCGGUACAGAAACUAAAACCCUAUAAAAAGACUUUAGCUGCGUAAAAGUUAUCAGUUGGUUGUAUGGUUACCUUAUAUCUGAUUUGGUUUUUAGGAACAAGAGAUAGACCCACAAGGCUCUAUCUGUGUUUUCACGAAAGUAACAAGUCGAGCAGCUGCUUAAGGUGUGUUUUCUCUGCUUUUUCGUUGGGUAUUUCAGAUGUUCUUUCCAACCAGUCAGUGCCUAAAUCGCUGAUCAUCUUAACUAUCAGAUUUGCCAAUGCUAUUUUCUCUUUUGAGGGAAAAUCAAACACACCUAUCCAAAAAAACUCCUCCAAACACUCUCCAAGAGAAGCUGAUUUGGUUUAUUUCUUUCUGAUUUCUGAUUCUCAGCUCCAUGCAGGUGUCCAUGCGUAUUGCUGCAGCAGAAAACUUAAAUCGGACAGCGCAAAUAAUUUUUGAAAAUUUUCUUCAGUUGAUCAAUAAAAUCAAGCGAAUUAAUAAUACAGUUGAUAACCCCAAACCAAAAGGAACACUUUUCUCCACUGAUAUCUGUUGCAAGAUACU